AUGACCACAUUGCACCCAGAGCCUGGAGACUGGAGCAACUACCUCCAGAGAUUCAUAGAGGGAAAGAUGGUGUUUGGAUCCUGGUUUGACCAUGUGAACGGCUGGUGGGAGAAGAAACAGACAUACUCUAAUAUCCAUUACAUGUUCUAUGAAGAUCUGAUUGAGGAUACAGGACGGGAAAUAGACAAACUCUGCUGCUUUCUGGGUUUGUCUCCUUCCGCUGAGGAGAAGGAAAUAAUCAUAGGCAAAGUGUUGUUUGAUGUUAUGAAAAACGACAACAUGGUCAACCGUUCAACAGUGAAAGAGUUGGAUUUCACAAAGUCUUCCUUCAUGAGGAAAGGGAAAGUUGGUGACUGGAAGAACCACUUCACUGUGGCGCAGGAUGAAAAGUUUGAUGAGAACUACAAGCAGAAAAUGAAGAAUUCUACUCUGCAGUUUCGUACUGAAGUUUAGAGGCUGUGCACUGCUGUGCAUGUCCUGAACUGUGACUCAUUUGAUAAUGAUGUUGAUUACUGAGUCAGAUGAUACAUUUGAUUGAUACAUAUAUUGUCUAAUUAGUGUGGCAAUUCUUAUUAUGAUGUCAACUAAUGACUUUCAUAUGUAUAACCCUGGUUGAAUCUCAUUUUACUGUGUUCAAAAAUCAGUGUUAUGCCAGUCAUUUGUGGAACUUAUUUAGAUUGAAGUGUACUGGAUUUAAAAUGAUGCUGUACAUAACUGAGUGCAAUCAACAACAGUCUCUGGGA